ACCUGGUAACCAUGACAACCAGGUGUGUGAAACUGAUAUCCAAGAUGGCCGCCCUGGGACUUCGCAAUACCUGAAUCGAGGCUUUAUGCACAUUUUAGGUUUAAUCCAAACACGAUCGUGCGCAUUUCGGCAUGGGGAAUACUCUCCGCCACGGCGGGAUCCAUGAUGCGGUGAAAGACCAGGCGAACCAGCAGGGGGAGAGCCCGGACAAGGCGAAACGCUACCCGCUGUACGAACUGGUGGACCUGAAAGGGGGAGGGGAGCUGGUGAAACUCACCAGGGAAAGUCUGUUCUCUGCCGAGAAGACCCGCCUGUUGAACCAGACUAUACGGGAUAAGGUAGGGCCGUUCCUGUAUAACGAAGGUGCAGGUAAGAAGGUGCCGAUCAGACAGCUGAUCAUGGCCAGGAACCGAGACCGCAUGAGGACACGCCCACAGGAGGACAAGAAGAAAACAGGAGGGUUCGGGCUGGGACAGAAGACCAACUCAGUGUCAGCCUUGAUGGACCCUGUUGACAAUGAGCAAGAUGGCCAGUGGAGAGAGGUAUGCUGGGACCUGGAGAAGCGAGGCUCGGUGGGGGAGACCAUCCUGCAUCUAUGUUUCCUGAACGGCACCCAGGUGCACAACGAACUGGCCAAGAAACUGGUAGAUGUCUUUCCAAAACUCGUCAACGACAUCUAUGUCAGCGAGGAGUAUUAUGGUGAGGCUCCCCUUCAUAUGGCAAUAGUGGGUGAGGAUCUGGAGAUGGUCAAGUAUUUUGUGAACCAUGGAGCAAUCGUUACAGAGAGAUGCUGUGGAAACUUCUUCUGUCCAGAGGACCAGAAAGGGACGAGAGAGGACUGCUUGGAUCAUGAGUGGGUCAAGGUGUCCUUGGAGACAAACUAUGAGGGGUACACAUACUGGGGGGAGUACCCACUGUCUUUUGCAGCAUGUCUGGAGCAGAAGGAGAUGUUUAACUUGCUGAGGAAGGCUGGAGCCAACCCUAACCUGGCCGACAACAACGGCAACACUGUGCUGCACCACAUGGUCAUACAGAACAAACCUAAAAUGUAUAACCUUGCCUUGCAAAGUGGCGCCUCACCCUGUUUGAAGAACCGACAGGGUCUCACACCGCUGACCCUGGCCUCCAAGCUGGGCAGGGAGAAGAUGUUUCAGCACAUCCUGGAGACAGAGAGGGAAGUCUACUGGACAUACGGGGAGGUCACAUGUGCUGCGUACAACCUGACAGACUUGGAUACUAUCACACCUACAGGAGAGAUCAAUAAGAAGUCUGCACUGUCCCUCAUUAUUCAAGGGGACAAAUCAAAGCACCUGGACAUGAUAGACGGCCUGAUCUACAAUCUGCUAAAGGCAAAGUGGAAGACGUAUGCCAAAUACAGUUUUUAUCGGCGAUUCGUGGCCUUCCUCAUCUACCUGAUAUUUCUGACUGCUGCCUUCUUCCUGCGGCCACGUGUGAGUCUGGGAACAACAGUGCAGACUGUGAACCAGACAGAUGGAAACGGGACCAUGGUACUGGUGAACCAGAGUGUGUACAACCCAUGUUACCUGCAGGUUCUGGUCACUCCCCAGGACAAGGCACGUCUGGCCAUGGAGAUCCUGACCCUGCUGGGAGCCAUGUUAGUCCUGCUGUCCUCAGCCAUGGAGAUCUACCAUCAGGGAGUCAGGACCUUCCUACUCGGGCUGCUGACAGCCCCAGCUAAGACCCUGUAUGUGAUCUCCUGUGUGCUUGUGGUGAUGAUGAUCCCAGGCAGGGCGGCCUGUGCUCCUGAGUACGAGGACGUGGUGUGUAUCCUCACCAUCUGCACAACCACACCAUACUUCCUCUUCUUCUUCAGGGGUUUUAAGUUGGUGGGACCAUUUGUGGUGAUGAUCUACAAGAUGCUAAAGGGAGACAUCCUGAGGUUCCUCAUCAUUUAUGCAGUGUUUGUGAUGGCCUUCUCACAGGUGAUGUUUGUGCUCUUCCGAGCUGCCCGCUCCAGCCUAACCUACAACCAGUUCACAGACCCAGUCGAGUCCAUGAUGGGGAUGAUUGUGAUGUCCUUUGGGGAGUUUUCAGACAUGUACGAAACCUUUGACCACAUCAGGCACCCCAUUCUUGCGAAGGCAGUGUUUUUAGCGUACAUGUCGUUAGUGACUAUCCUGCUGAUCAACAUGCUGAUUGCCAUGAUGGGGAACACCUACACGUCCAUCCAGGAGACCAGGAAGGAGUGGCUCAGACAGUGGGCCCAGAUAGUACUUAUAAUGGAACAGUCGCUGUCCUCGGACCAGCUCAGGAAGCAGCAGCUGAAGUACUCCCAGCCACUCAGCAGCCAGAACAAGGCAGUCGACACCAGCAAGACUGAGCAGAGACGAGGAUUUGUAGAGAGAUUCCACAAUGUGGAGGAUGAAGAAGAGCUAAGAAUUAAGAGGGAGAAACUGCGGAAGCACAUGGAUGCUCUGUUUUCCAAGAGAGAUGGGCGCUGGUUGCCUAGUGACAAGGCAGGUCCUGUAAACAAGAAUGUGUAAUGAUUUAAGAAUUAAUCUCAACUCUCCAUUUUGUUCUCUACGCUUACGAGAUUUGAACCUAUAUAGUUUCAUGAAGAAAAAUACUAAGUGUUUUGGGCAAACUGAGCAAGAGACUGUAAAAUAUUUUACUGUAAAUAUGUAGGUAAAUAUAGCUAUUUAUUGAAUUUUUGUCACCCUUGUACUAACAAUCUUGCCAUUCAGCAUCAGCAUUACAUAAAAAAAGUUAAUCAAGAUGUCAAUGAUGUGCAAUUGCCACUGAAAUUCAGCAUGGUGAAAAAAGCAUCGGGAUUUGGGGUUAAUUCUAGCUAUUUUGUGAUAACAUAAUUUGUGCAGUGGUAUUCAAAGGGAAGUCACCCUUGUAGCCACCUCUGCUUUAGAAUUCAACCACUAGUGUAAAUGUGUAGUUAUAUCAUUCUAACUGUAUGUGUGGCCGAGCCAACAAAAUGUUGUUUCAAUAAAGGUGAUUUUGGUCUCCAGGCACCA